GCCCUCGGGGGCGUGUCCGUAGAGGCCGCAGCGGAGCUCCCAGCCCCGCGCAGGAGGCGGCCGCGGCUAGCAUGGAGAGCGAGCUGGAGGCGCUGGCCCGGCAGCCAGCGAGCCCGGCCGAGCCGCUCUUCCAGGCGCUGGUGGAAGCUGCGGGCGGCCGCGGGCAAGUGCUGCUGGUGGGCGAGCUGUGGGAGCGCGAGCAGAGCCGCGCGCUGCUGCAGGACUUCUCCCGCGCCGUGUUCCCUCCGGAGCCGGAGCCGGAGCCGGAGCCGGAGCCGGAACCAGGCAAGCCGGGCUGCGCAGAGGCCGGGAACGCGGUCACCGCAGCGGCCACCGGGCCGCAUCGGGCUCCCGGGGCGAAGGCAGCGCGCGUCAUCCGCUCGCCGCUCGUCUUCGCGCUGUGCCGCUCCUCGUCGCUGGCCGCCCGGGAGCCGCGGCGCAGCCUGCGGGAGAUCCUGCGGGAUGUGCGCGGCCGGCGGCGGGAGGGCGCCGCGCUGGUCGGGGUCCUGGUGGCCGACUCGGGAGCAGAGGACGCGGUGGCGCCAGGACUGCAGCUGCUGGAGACGCUGCUGCGCACAGUGUUCGGCCGCCAGGUGGGGGGCCCGGUGCAGGCUGCCGCCUUCAGUCCCGGUUCCCCGGCCUCCAGCCUGGCGGUCCAGGAGGCGGCCUGCAGGGCCCUGCAAGCUGCGGGGCCAGGUCGACCAGCAGAAGGUACCUGGGAAAGACCCGGCUUCCCUGGCCUACUAACUUGCUUUUCCUGGGGUCCUCGGAACCAGAGGAAGAACCGAGGAGAUACCACCUCCUCCCAAGGCCCAGCUCAGGAACACCUCCAGGUCUCAGAGGAGGAGCUUGCACUGACAGCCAUAUUUCCCAAUGGAGACUGUGAAGACCGUGGGAGUGGAUCUAGAGCCCAGGAUGGAGUUCUCCACCUGCCACCCAAGCCCUUAGGGGACACAAGAUGAAGGCUGGACUCCUGGACUGGCCCUAACCUGCACACUGGGGUCUAUACCUUCGCAUUGAGUCUUCAUGUCACAGUGUCGACCUCAGCAGCUGGUGACUGACUGACCAUAAAGACCCCACUUGCUUGGGGGUCACACUUUCACUGUUACCAUCUAGGUCCCAGGGCCUGUAGGGCCUGCUCCGCACUGCGUGCUUUUUGCUCUGUGAUCAGGGUGCGGUGAUCUUGAUCUGUGCCUUCAUUUCUCUGAGCCCAGGAGACACUGUCCCACUUUGUCACUCUGUCCGGGGCUUCUGUUUCCCAAAUGAUUGAGGGGGCUACCAGCCCAGUGGGCUUUCCACCAGGGGCUAGGCUGCACCUGCAGGCAACACUGGAAACUUGUGUGAGGGCGAUUAGUGGGCAUCUCACAGUGUGUAGGACGAUCCAACCACCAAUAAUUGGUUUCCUCAGAAUACCAGUUGUGACCCUUUUGAGAAAUGGAAGAGCCAAUCCCUUCUCCCUGUUGUUCUGUGAAGAAGAGAUCCCCCUUAGAUUUCCUGGGACCUUGGUUCCCAGAACAAGCCAAAAUAAAGAAAGACCUGGCUGUUGCUGUGAGGGGACCUGCCAGGCCAGAGCCGAGA